AUGAUUUCUCCAAAAUCCAUCAAUUUUCACUUGCUUUUACUAUCUUUCUUUACAUUCUCCAUCUGCAAUUCUACAGCUCUACUUUCAACUAGAGAUACUUUGAAAGUAUAUUAUCCUACUGAUUGUUACAAUACUCUUACUCAAUCUUCCUAUUCUGAAAUCUCAUACUAUUCAUCUGUAUCAACUGUCCAAUCCCAUUUACCACCCGAUUCAUUUGCCUCUAUCAAUUUAUACGAAACAAUCAAAUGGCAUGAUAAUUCAUGGACAGUGACAAUACCCGUAGAUCCAUUCACUGUUACAAUCGGAAUUGGUUAUGAUGCUCCACAGGCAUCUAUUGGAGAUAUUAUUGGUAGUAGUGCUGUAUCGCCGGAUUUUGUUGGGGUAGAAAAUUGUUAUAAGCAAGAAAGACUGGUAAUCUCCAAACCCAACGAGUGGACUGAUUGUUAUGCUGAAUAUGCUAGUGGUGAUGUACUUUCGGAAGUUCGAAUUGGAAAGAGUCUUGAUUACAUUGGUAGUCAUCUGUACCCCACCCCACUACAAAGUUCGAUGCUCCGGGAGAUGAACGACGAAUGA